UCAGAGCUGAGCUGCUUUCAGACGACUCCGUCUUGUUGUGGAUGCUGAAGCUGAUCAUGGUUCUCCUGUGGAUGAUCCUGUUGGUGCUUCUGCUCUGUGCAGAGGCCAAGAACGUGACCGAGGUCAGAGGAGAGCUGGGGACCGAUGUCACUCUAACCUGCUCCAAUCAGACAUCAGACAGAUACUGGUACAUGGAGAUCCACAGUCAGUUCAGAGCAGGUAUUGGCCGCAGUUUUUCUUCAGCAGGCUCUACCUACUGCUCUCCUGGUUUUGAAUCCAAAUUCUCAAUCCUGGGAAACAAACUUGUGAUUAAAAACUAUACAGCAGAGGACUGCAGGCUUUACUUCUGUGGCAUCAAGAGAGAUGGCAGCAUUCAUUUUGUGGAGACUUUCCACCUUUUGUUAGAUGCCUCCAACAGCAACCUGCUGAAGGACUGCAUCAUGACUCAGUUCAUCCUCAUGAUAUCCGUCUCAGUUGCCGCUGUCAUCAUCCUGAUAAUGGGUGGGGUUUUGGUACUGCUGUGUUCGAGGAAGAACAAAAGCAGCAAACAGGUGGAAGAGCCUUCAGCUCACAUCUACGAGAACGCAGAAACACUGUGGGCUAUUCAGGGCAAGGUGAUCCAGCCCUACCGAGCAAGACAUCACUGAACGAGUUCUUUCAGACGCUACAAGACUUCAUUUGUUGUAUUUCAUUGAAAAACAUACAAACGUUUGCGCACGU